AUGAAUCAAGAUACUAUUGUAACUGCUCCAACCGUUGAACACGGUUUUACACCGGCUUAUAAACAACUAUCAGAUAAUGCCCUAAAAGUAUUACGUGAUCAAUUAAAAGACGUUACAUUAUUUAUCAUCGAUGAAAUAUCAAUGAUUUCUAAUAUAACUUUAAUAUACAUACAUUUGAGAUUAGUAGAAAUUUUUAAUGUUGAUGACUGGUUUGGAGGAAGACAUGUGGUUGUUUUCGGGGACUUACUCCAACUUCCUCCAGUACAUGAAGAUCCAAGUUAUAUGACACUAUCGUCAGCAGAUGCGCAAAAAUAUAUUAGAUCAUUAACAUCUGUGAAUUUAUGGAGUGAUUUAUUCAGCUAUGAAGAACUAGCCAUUAAUAUGAGACAAAAAACUGAUAAAGUUUACAGUGAAUUACUCUCUAGAGUACGAGUCAGCUCAAUGACAUUUGACGAUAUCAAAUUAUUGGAACAAAGAAAAAUUACAAUUGAUUCUUCAUUGUCAUACUAUGAUAGAUUGCAAAAAGCUAGUGACUAUAUCGAUUGUCCUGAAUCAUUAAAAAAGAAAGCACACGACACUUUGGUUAAAAUAGAAGAAGAUGCUAGUCGAUCAGCUGGACUUGCUGGAACAAUUGUAAUUAAAAUUGGUGCAAAAGUUAUGCUUCGACGAAAUAUUGAUGUCACACUUGGUUUAGUUAAUGGUGCCAUUGGUACAGUUAUAUCAAUCCCAAAAUCCAUAGAUGGCCGUAAGAUACACGGUGUUAAUUUAGAUUUCGGUUCAGGUAAAGUAAACACUAUUGAGAGGGCUAAAGUUAAAUUUCAAUUACUGGAAAGAGCCUUCGUCAUAAGAAAACAGUUUCCAUUGUGUUUAAGUUAUGCAGUCACUAUCCACAAGAGUCAAGGUUUAAGCCUCAAAAAUGCUCUUAUCGAAGCAGGCAAUAGUAUUUUUAAUGUUGGUCAAACAUAUGUAGCUCUUUCUCGGGUUACAGAACUUGAAGGAUUACAUUUAAUCAAUUUCGAUCCUCAUUCAGUUAAAUCUAACCUUUUAGCAAUCGAAGAAUUCAAUCGCUUACGAAAAAUUUAUAGAUCUGACCUUUCUCCCAUUUCAAUUUCUACUAUACUUUGGCAUAAAAUUUGGGAUUUAAUUUGGGUUGUUGACGAAAAUUCUGUUGAAAUUGAAACAAAAACUUUAAAAAAAUCAUGUGAAAAGUUAUUAGUAUUUCGAGGUAUCGAAAGUUCUGAUUGUAUUUCUAGUGGUUUAAAUUCAAUCAUACAGUGCAUCUUUGAUAAUACAAUACUCAGAACGGCAUUGAAUCAUGAUCCAAACAAUCAGUUCAACAACGAAAACUUAAAUAAUUUAUUUAAUGUAUACAAUAGUCACGAAAAUAUUUUAAAAUCUAGUGACAUAAAAAAGUCUGUGUACAAACAGGCGUGUCCUAAUAGAGAGUCUGAUCCUGUAGCAAUAUUCACUACGAUAUGUAAUGAUAAUCAUGAUAUCAGAAAUUUAGUGCAAUUUGAGCAAAAAACAUUAUGUGUAUUUCAAUAA